UUAUUUAUUUACUGUUUGGUUCCCGAACCUUAGCCAUCAGCAUUACAUAAAAACUCCUUCAAGGGCGGUAAUGUGGGGGCUUUAGUAGCCACUAGAAAGACAGCCAGAUACUUGGCAUUUGCUAAUGGCCAUGGAAACUGCUUCAUGUUCAAUUCUUUACUCGCUCCGUUUGUCAAGCACCAUAACCAACUGUAAUAAAUGCUAUUAUGUAGCUCGGCCCAGGAUUAUUAACAAUUUGUUUCUAGGUCCUUUUUCCUUUACUUUUUCUCGGAAAUAUAAUUUUCUAGGAAAAAGUUCGCAACCCAAUGGGUUUAUUCCAUUUUGUUCACCUUCCAGUUCCCCCGACGAAAGACCAUCUCCAGAAUUUGCUGUUCUUCUCGAGGUUGAUGGGGUUCUUAUAGAUGCAUACCGCUUAGGAAAUCGCCAAGCCUUUAAUGCAGCAUUUAAGAAGCUCGGACUUGAUUGUGCGAAUUGGACUGAACCUAUCUAUCUAGACCUUGUAAGGAAGAGUGCUACUGAUGAGGAAAGGAUGCUGAUUUUAUAUUUUAACCAGAUUGGUUGGCCCACUUCAUUGCCCACAAGUGAGAAAGGCACGUUCAUAAAAAAUGUUCUGCGAGAAAAGAAUAAUGCAAUGGACGAAUUUCUGAUGUCAAAAAAUUCACCUUUACGUCCUGGAGUAGAAGAUUUUAUUGAUGCUGCAUCUAAAGAAGGAAUACCUGUGGUCAUUCUAACCACUUGUAGUAAACAUGAGGAAAAUAUCACUAGAUCCAUUAUAGACAAGCUUGGUCAUGAAAGAACUUCGAAGAUAACAAUUGUUGGUAAAGAGGAAGUGGAACAGAGUUUAUAUAGCCAACUUCUUGGUACAGGAGUUUUUUCUGGCUUGGAUGAGCAACUUGCUAAGGAAGCAAGAAAAGCAGCUUCCGCUGAGAAACAAAAAAUAGCUGAGAAGGUUGCAUCCAUGUUAAAAUUGAGUGUGCAGAUUGAUACUAGCUCAACUGAAAGCCUAGAGAAGAUCAUUGCUGCAUUGCGUGCUGGGGCGGAGUAUGCUGGGGCACCAGUUAACCAUUGUGUCCUUGUUGCUGGAAGCCAAUCUGGAGUUGCUGCAGCUGCACAAAUUGCCAUGCCCUGUGUCGUUCUUCGGAGCAGCUUGACAUCAAGAGUGGAGUUCCCUUCAGCAAAAGCUAUAAUGGAUGGUUUUGGAGGUGCAGAUCUGACUAUGAGUAAACUGCGACGACACAUACAAUCAUGAAUUGAGGUUGAGUCAUGUGCUUUUUGUUCUGCACUUUUCUGAUUUCCUUUUUAUAUUUGUAAAGUUUAAUUUGCCUAAAUAGAUAAAUAGAUGACUUUAUAUGGCAUUGCAUCAAUAUCAAAGUUACUGAACAAAUAUCAUAUUAAUUGGUGAUGCUGUUGAACCUUUUCAUGUGUAGAACAGAGAUAAGGAAAAAACAUGCCUUCUCUCUCCGUAUUAUUAUCAUUUCCUUUUUUUU